UGCAGAGGUUUGCAGCAACUCUUCACAGUGUGUUCUUGUCCUGUGCUUUGUCAGUCGAUUUAAAUUUAAAAAAUGAUCGACAAGAAUAUAUUUUAUUCACUUUGAAAUAAUUACCGACAGUUUUCAUUACAUAGGGCAUCGCAAAACAUGAAAUCUGAAAUAAACGUUCGCGACACAUCGUAGUAUUAUUAAAUCGUGUAAAUCGCAAUAAUUUGCCAUUGAAAAAAAUUACGGUGGAAUUAAUGAAAAUGAGUUUAAUUAAUCUGAAUGCGUCAAAUGCGGAAAAAAUUCUUUCACUUCUCGAGGAACUCUGCGGUCUUUCCUAUCCCCAAGUACAGCAAAAAUUAAACAAAUACAUACAAACUUCAACAAAUACAAAACUGUCGUUUCUUGUACCCAUUUUAGUAAAAUCAGAGGAAAUGGUAAUUCAUGUGAUAGGAGAAAAAAUUUUAGACAGGGAAUUAAGAUUUCCUAUGUCAAAUAAUGUUUUAUAUAAAACUGUGCAAAAUAAAGAGCCAACUGCAACAGAUAUAACAGUGCUUGAUGAAGAAUUAUUACGUCACCUUCAACCAAUAUGUCCAAUGUCAAAUUCAUUUCUAACAAUUCCCAUACAACAUCCUAAGCACAACCACAUAGCUUUACUAGUCUCUUUGGUUGAUAAUGAUAACCAAAAUGAAACUAUAUGUAAAUGUGCAAUAAUUCAAGAAUGUUUUAGGUAAAUUAUUAUUGUUAUUAAAUUAAAAAUUAAUUAAUCAUAUUCUGAAGAAGUAUAAUAUUUUCACAAAUUAAAAAGAAUAUACAUAUUAUUAUAUUUGAAAUAUUAAUAAAUAGGAGACUUUUCUGACCUCUUACGAGAAAUAAUGGCUGAAGUUAGGAACUUAACAAAUGCAGAGCGAUGUUCAUUAUUUUUACUGGAUCCUGAUCAACAAGAUCUAGUUGCUAAAGUGUUUGAUGGUAUUGCUAUGAAAGAAUCUGUAAGAGAAAUGAGAAUACCAAUAGGUCAAGGCAUAGCAGGCCAUGUUGCAACUACUGGAAAUGUGCUUAAUAUUAGAAAUGCAUAUGAGCAUCCUCUUUUCUAUCGUGGAAUAGAUGAAGUAACAGGCUUCAGAACUAGAAAUAUUUUAUGUUUUCCAAUUAGAGAUGAAAAUGGAAUUGUAGGAGUUGCACAGCUAUGCAAUAAAAAAGAUGGUUUGUACUUUGAUGUUUUUGAUGAAGAAGUUGCAACAGCAUUUAGUAUUUACUGUGGUAUUUCUAUAAUGCAUAGUAUUGUUUAUAAAAAAAUGCAAGAUGCUCAAGCAAGAAAUAAACUUAGUAAUGAAGUAAUGAUGUACCAUAUGAAGGUAGAAGAAGACACUGUUCAAGCACUAUUAAACUGCAAAGAUGAACAUAAUAUAAAAGAUUUUAAUAAAUUCCAAUUUAGUCCUAGAAAUGUACCUUACAAACACAUGCCUUGUUAUACGAUUAAAAUGUUUGAUGACUUAGGUCUUAUUAAGUAUUGGAAAUUGAAAUUAUCAACUUUAGCCAGGUUUGUGUUAUAUGUUAAGAAGGGAUACAGAGAUGCUCCUUAUCAUAACUGGAUGCAUGCAUUUUCGGUGGCACAUUUUGCGUACUUGUUAAUGAAAAAUUUGAAUCUUAUUAAUGAGAAUUACAUGACGCAUUUACAAGCUUUAGUUUUUCUGGUAUCAUGUUUGUGUCAUGACAUAGAUCAUAGAGGAACAAAUAAUUCGUUUCAAACUAAAUGCAGUACAGUUCUAGCUAGUCUUUAUAGUUCUGAGGGUUCAGUAAUGGAGAGACAUCAUUUGGCACAGACAAUGUGUAUUUUAAAUACAGAAGGUUGCAAUAUAUUUGAAAAUUUUAAUAGUAAAGAGUACAGUGAAGCCUUAGAUCUGUUAAGAAAUACUAUACUUGCAACUGAUUUAGCAGCUCAUUUUCGGGUUGUAGAAAAACAAGUAGAAAUGAUCAGAAAUAAAUUUGACAAAAAUGAUCUCAAACAAAGAAAACUGCUGUUUGAUAUGCUUAUGACAUGCUGUGAUCUUAGUGAUCAAACUAAACAGUGGAAAGUUUCUAAAAAAACUGCAGAACAUAUUUAUGAUGAAUUCUUUUCACAAGGAGAUUUGGAAAAAAGUAUGGGCAAUUGUCCCAUAGAAAUGAUGGAUAGAGAAAGAGCAUCUAUACCAGAUCUUCAAGUUGAAUUUAUCACAAAUAUAGUCCUUCCACUUUUUAUUAAUCUUUCUACAUUAUUUCCAAUCAUACAACCACUUGUUGAUGUGCUGAAAGAAAAUCAAGCUUUAUGGAAAACAUCUAAAAGUAUAUUUCAAAAAUACAUGAAAACAGGAAUGAAAGGUAUUGAUAUUUUACUGGAUCCUGCCUUUGAGGAAGAAGUGCUACAAUUCUACCAACAAAUUAGAGUUAAAUGAAACUAAGAAUAAUGUUUAAAAUAUAAAUGAAAAUAUGAAGAUGCAAAAGUAGA